AUGUCACUCUUUUUCAAGGCCCCAUUGGAUAUCGAAAUACGCUUGGAAGAUGAAAAGUCACGCAAACACAUUGAGCUUAAAUCCAAGCAAGGCAGAAUAGAACUGUUCCCGCUUUUCAGAGACGGCGAGUCCGUCAAAGGACAAGUGACCCUCAGAUCCAGAGGUGGUAAAGUUGUUGAACAUAUCGGAGUGAAAGUGCAAUUGCUAGGUGUUAUUGAGUCUCCUUUAGAUACAAUCACUCUGUCUGAGUUUCUUAGUCUAGCGACGGAGCUUGCUGCUCCUGGUCACUUGAACCAAUCAGACACAUAUGGAUUUGCUUUCCGGAAUGUGGAGAAGCAGUAUGAGAGCUACAGAGGAAAGAACGUGAACUUGCGUUACUUUAUUCGUGUUGUGGUAUCAAGAAAGAACAAGGCUGAUAUUACUAGAGAGAAGGAUCUCUGGGUGUUGCAGUAUGCCAACUCACUGAACGAUGAUACUAAUGGCAACGCUCCAGGUGGAAGAAAGAGUAGUACGGGAAGCGCAAAUGGGGAAGUUACAGAAACUAAUGCUGCAAAGUCAAUUGCAUCGUCAGCUGUGAAGAUGGAUGUUGGUAUUGAACACUGUCUUCAUAUCGAGUUUGAAUACAACAAGAGCCGAUUUUCGCUCAAGGAUGUGAUCAUGGGACGGAUCUUCUUUUUGCUAGUACGCAUCAAAAUCAAGCAUAUGGAAGUAUCUAUUGUCCGCAGAGAAACUGUUGGCUCUGGGCCAAGUCUGGUGCUUGAGUCCGAGACCAUGGUGAGAUUUGAGAUCAUGGAUGGCGCCCCAGUGAAGGGUGAAAGCAUUCCAAUUAGAUUAUUUUUGAACGGUUACGAUCUAACGCCAACUUAUAAGGACGUUAACAAGAAGUUCUCUUGCAGGUCGUACUUGCAGUUGGUGUUGAUUGAUGAAGAUGGCAGGAGGUACUUCAAGCAAAGCGAAAUCACCCUUUUCCGUGACGAGUAA